UCUGGGGUUCGGGCUGGGAGCUUCAUGACUACGAGGAGCAGGACAGCGGCCACACCAUGCGAGCACAAAUUGAAGUGAUACCAUGCAAAAUUUGUGGCGACAAAUCCUCCGGGAUCCACUACGGCGUCAUCACGUGUGAAGGCUGCAAGGGAUUCUUCAGGAGAAGCCAGCAGAACAAUGCCUCUUACUCCUGCCCAAGGCAGAGAAACUGUUUAAUUGACAGAACCAACAGGAACCGUUGCCAACACUGCCGACUGCAGAAGUGUCUUGCCCUAGGAAUGUCGAGAGAUGCUGUAAAGUUCGGGAGAAUGUCCAAGAAGCAGCGUGACAGCCUGUAUGCUGAGGUGCAGAAGCACCAGCAAAGGCUGCAAGAGCAGCGGCAGCAGCAGAGUGGGGAGGCAGAGGCCCUUGCCAGGGUGUACAGCAGCAGCAUCGGUAACGGUCUCAGCAACCUGAACACCGAAACCAGCGGCGCCUACGCCAACGGGCACGUCAUUGACUUGCCGAAAUCCGAAGGAUAUUACAACAUAGAUUCUGGUCAGCCAUCUCCCGAUCAAUCAGGACUGGACAUGACUGGAAUCAAACAGAUAAAGCAAGAACCUAUCUAUGACCUCACAUCCGUACCCAACUUGUUCACCUAUAGCUCUUUCAACAAUGGGCAGUUAGCCCCUGGGAUAACGAUGACUGAGAUCGAUCGAAUUGCACAGAACAUCAUUAAGUCCCAUCUGGAGACUUGCCAGUACACAAUGGAGGAGCUACAUCAGCUGGCGUGGCAGACCCACACCUACGAGGAAAUAAAGGCAUAUCAAAGCAAGUCCAGGGAGGCUCUGUGGCAGCAGUGCGCCAUCCAGAUCACCCAUGCCAUCCAGUACGUGGUGGAGUUCGCAAAGCGAAUAACAGGCUUCAUGGAGCUGUGUCAGAACGACCAGAUUUUACUGCUGAAGUCAGGUUGCUUGGAAGUGGUUUUAGUGAGAAUGUGCCGUGCCUUCAAUCCAUUAAAUAACACUGUUCUGUUUGAAGGAAAAUAUGGAGGAAUGCAGAUGUUCAAAGCCUUAGGUUCUGAUGACCUGGUGAACGAAGCGUUUGACUUUGCGAAGAAUCUAUGUUCCUUGCAGCUGACUGAGGAGGAGAUCGCUUUGUUCUCUUCUGCUGUUCUGAUAUCCCCAGACCGAGCCUGGCUGAUAGAACCAAGAAAGGUCCAGAAGCUUCAGGAAAAAAUCUAUUUUGCACUUCAACAUGUGAUUCAGAAGAAUCACCUGGAUGACGAGACCCUGGCAAAGUUAAUAGCCAAGAUACCAACUAUCACAGCAGUCUGCAACUUGCAUGGGGAGAAGCUGCAGGUAUUUAAGCAAUCUCAUCCAGACAUAGUGAAUACACUGUUUCCUCCCUUGUACAAGGAGCUCUUUAAUCCUGACUGUGCUGCCGCCUGCAAAUGA